UCUGCGCCUACCCGUCAUCCAUCCAUCUAGUCGGCGCAAUUGCGCUCCCUCGUACGCCUAAACGCUGUACCUGAGCUAGCGCCCGGCUGAUCAGGGAUCGUGUAGUUGCCAAGGCGUGGAGCUGCAUCGGAGCUUCCAAUUUACUGUCCAGACCCCCGCAAUCCUCUACAACUUUACCACACGUCGUCGCUACAUACAGUAAUCACACCAGGCGACUCUCAUAGCAUUACUUGAGAUAUUGCUGCCAUCGUCUUCGCUCAUUAUCAAUCCCUCAUUCCCAUUGCAUCUACAACAACCCCACCACGCGACUGGCACCAUGAUCCGCGACUUCGUACAAUGGACGGCCACGCUGGGCGAAACGGGCGAGCUCGAACAGUUGCGCAAUUGCCGCGUAGGCAUUGAAGCCGCCGAAUAUUUGAACCAGCGGAUCCUCAAUCAUCCGCGCGCAAAGGAGCCGCUUGUGCCUGCGCUGGGAGGCCUUCCGCUGGCCUUGACACAACACAUUGAGGACGAUCUGGCUCAAUUCCGCAGCUUCGAAAUCGAACCCUUCUUCGUCUUCAGCGGGCUGGACAUUACAAAACAUGAUGAUCCUUUCAGGCAAAAGGAGAACGAGGCAUCGGUAAACAUCAAUGCGUGGACCCUGUACGACGGCCACGAGGCCGAAGCCUCUGUUGCCAAGUUCGGACAGUCAACAUACGUCACGCCCGAGGACCUCUUCCGCGCCCUACAGUCAACCCUGACCGAGCGCAACAUUCGUUGGACAGUCGCACCAUACAGCGCCUGGGCCCAGUUGGCAUAUCUCGAGAAGCACGAAUACGUCCACGCCGUCUACGGCUCGUCAGACAUCCUCAUCUUCGAAUGUUCCAAAAUCAUAACGUCUUGGGACUUCGAGGCCCGACAUUUCAGCUUUGUCCGCCGAGAGAAAUGUGUAGCAGACCUGUCCAAGUUUGUCGGCGCUCCCAACAUCUCAGACGACAUCUUUCUCGAUACCUGCAUACUCGCCGGCACGCCCUUCCUCCCGACCCACCCGAUCCUCGACGCGCCUAACAGAGCAGAGCUGAUCAAGCCGUACAGCGCCAUCAAGACCAUCAUGAGCAACGGUCAGUCUGGAUACUCUGUGGUUGUCAACAACAAUGAUGUCCCGCCCGCGGGCAAGGAAUACGUUACGCGAUACCAGAAAGCACGUCUGGCCGUCAAGAAUCACCCUGUCUACACAGAGGAAGGUAAGGUCGAACCCCAAAACUCCGGCUCGAUGCCCAACGAUGCGGGUCAGUAUCUGGGCCAAAGGCUCCCAGAUGAGAUCCUCCACUACAUGUCGAAAGGUCUCAUCAGCCCACACAUCAUCCAGUGGCGCACUACCUGCGAGGUAUUCGAAGUCCCUCCCAUGGAUGGUGGCAUGUCUCCAGAAUACAGGGAGCUCGUCAGCUCCAAGCUGAUCCCACUUCGAACACCCGCUGUCAACCUUUUGUCUAGUACCCUACACAAUUGGUAUAGGCACCAAUCUCUGCACCAGACGCAUUGGUACUCUCCUGUAGAACCCAAUGGGAAACGUGCGUCCACAACCAUCCCUGUUGAGAAGCCAUCAGAAGCCAUAGCUCCUUCGCUCGUUGACACCUGGAACGUGAAGGAAGCUACAUUCAAGGAUGUUGUCGGACAGUACAAGGAUUGCGGAACUCUCGGUGCAGCCAUCUUAUCACUGCAAAACUCUGACUUUGUUACCAAAUCGGUCGCCAAGAAAGAUCCUAAGAAUCCUCUUUCUUCCACUUCCGAGAUACUGUACAACUCGAUAUGGCGCUUCCUCGCUCUACGGGAGUACGUAGAUCCCAAGAGCCAUAAUCUGACACAAUGGGGUAAAGUCCUUGUGUCCAUCAUCGCUGGCCUAAAGGGCAAGCCAGAGCACGAAGAAGCUGCGGUGAUCGCGGUCGAACUGAUACGGCUGGGCCUCUUGAACUCCGACAUCGAUAUGUUCUCUAUGUACAACGGCGCACCGAUGCGUGGUAGCAGUAAGUGGGAAGCCCUUGAUCACGUUCUGCAUAGCUAAUAGCCGCCUAGCACAAGACAAGGAGUAUAAUAUGCUAGUGUCUCGCGUUGCUGGCUUAGGUACUUUGCACCACCGUCCGAUUGGUUUCACCGGACCUCUCAGUCAACAUUUGCUCGGUUACAACUCCAUCGUCAACAAAGUCCGUCAGUCACUUCGAGAUAUCAUCGAGGUGGCCGCCACACAAAUGUUCUGUACUGGUUGCUGCACUAGACAUGCU